GAGAGAGAGAGAGAGAGAGAGAGAAAGGAGAUUCCAUUCCAAUCUUAGGCUACGCUCUGUAGGUUCUAAUGCAAUGCCAACAUACCUUAUUGGAUAGCAUAUUGCAUUUAUUGCAGGGAAUAAUUGUUCCUUUAAGGUUGUAUAUAUAAUUCCUCAGGCUGGUUCGGGAAGCUCAGUGGCUUUUGUGUGCCUUCUGCUGCCUUGAAAGAAAUGGAGCUCGACGAGCAUGGCUUCUUGGAGGAGCUUAUGUCCCUGAGGAGAGACGCGUGGGACUCGUUUCCGGCUGCAAUGGGGGAGUUCUUCUCGUGCGACGGGAGCUUAGACUGCUUCCAGCAGACCCCUGGGUUGGUCCCUCCCAGUUUCACGGCAUUCGACGCCGGCGUUGCCAUGCCGGUGGAGCCUAAUUACGACUUCUUGAGCGAAGUGUACUGUCCGCUCGGCGGCGUCUACUCGGCGACUGCGGCGGCGCCGGAGAUCCAGUCCUCGUCGGUGCGGUCGACGCUGGAUGACGGUGACCAUGGGCAGAGUGCUUGCAAAGUGGAGAUGGGCCAGUCUGCGGAGGCGUCGGUGAUGUUUGGACCGGGUGGCGAUGUGGAGAGGAAGAAGAAGAAGAAGCUGGAAGGCAUGCCUUCCAAGAAUCUAAUGGCGGAGCGGCGGCGGAGGAAAAGGCUCAAUGACAGGCUCUCUAUGCUGAGAUCCGUCGUUCCAAAGAUCAGCAAGAUGGACAGGACGUCCAUUCUCGGGGACACCAUCGAUUACAUGAAGGAGCUCCUGGAGAGGAUCAAGCACCUGCAGGAGGAGAUCGAGGUCGGCCCGGAGCAGGCGAAUCUGUUGAGCAUCAUCAAGGAGUUGAACUCCGAUGAGGUGCUGGUGAGGAACUCCCCCAAGUUCGACGUGGAGAGAAGGGAGAACGACACUCGAAUAGAGAUCUGCUGCGCGGCCAAGCCCGGUCUGCUGCUUUCCACGGUGAACACCCUGGAGGCGCUGGGGAUGGAGAUCCAACAAUGCGUCAUCAGCUGCUUCAACGACUUCGGCAUGCAGGCCUCUUGCUCCGAGCUGGACAUGGAUCCGAGGACGGUGGUGAGCGCCGAGGACAUAAAGCAAGCACUGUUCAGGAACGCAGGAUACGGAGGGAGGUGUUUGUAAGGAGGAGAUGACGCCGGGUCUCGUGUACAUGAUCUCUCCAUUACUGUAAUGGUUUAGUACUACUGGUACGGAAGGUGACUACCAAUGUGAAGGGUGUUUGUGUAGCUACUUCGCAUUGUGACGGCAGAUGAGAUUUGCUUUGGUGUGAGAGGAUUUGUGCUUAGAAGAUGUGUGUUGUUGGCACCGAUCUGUAUCCUGAUGACUGCUUUAGUCUCCAUUUUCACUGAGACAUUCAUAUUCAA